AUGGUCGGAUUUAAUUUCUUCCGCAUACUGGGAGAUAUCUCCCACACACUCUCAAAAUGUAUCCUCAUAUACGCAAUCCACCGAAACUCAUCUGCUGAAGGUGUUUCUCUCAUCACUCAAUCCCUCUAUGCCAUGGUCUUCAUAACUCGCUAUCUCGAUCUCUUCUCGGGUUAUUUCAUUCUUUGGAAUUUUACACUCAAAAUCUUUUAUAUCGGGUCGAGUCUCUACAUCUUGUUUUUGAUGUUGAGAGUUUAUGCACGCACGAGAGAACGUGAAAAGGCAUGGAAAUUGGGGGGUCUUUGUUUUGUUGGAAGUGCGGUUUUGGCGCCCAUUCUGAUGAUGAUUUUUGAGAGGAAAUAUGCUUGGGGUUUUAUGGAGGUUCUAUGGGUUUUCUCCAUUCUUCUCGAAUCAACAUGUAUUCUUCCACAACUUCUCCUCCUCCGACAAACUACCGUUCCUACAGUUCUCGAUUCCUACUACCUCGUAACACUCGGUUCCUAUCGAUUCUUUUAUAUUUUAAAUUGGAUCUGGCGUUCUCUGGAUAUAAAUGAUCGUUCCCCAGAUGCGAUAUCAAUUAUUGGUGGAAUAAUUCAAACUGCUUUUUAUAUCGAUUUCGCAUGGGUAUACUAUUCUCGACAACGCGUCAAGCUUAGGAAUGGAGGAGUAGUAGAUGCAGAUGAUAUUAGUAGAGGAUGGUUAUUAAACCGCGUGUUGGGAAACAAACAUAUGGCAGGAACAGAAGCAGAUGAAGGAGAUGAGGAAGCAACUCCAGCAUUGGGUGGUAGACAAGAUACAGGUCGCAAUACGAGUAAAUGGGGAGCGAGAGGUAUUUCAGUUAGUGCGGAUGAAGGUGUACUUGCAGGUGAAAGUCAACAUGCCUCAUUUGAAGGGCAGGAAAGUGGUGUGGUUGAUGCGGCGGAUGUGGAUGGUGAUGCGAAAAUGAAAGAUCCGGAUGAGUUGGCUAGGAUUUUAGAUGAGGAUGGAGAGGAGAGUGAAGAGGAUGGAACUUUGCCGAAGCCAGGGGGAAGUAGUUCUGGUGUGACUAAUGGGUCUGAGUGGAGGGGAUAA